UUCUGAGAAAACAGUUUCCCAGACAUACAGAUUAAGGACAAUCAAAUGUCACUUUGAUGCUAGGAAGAAAGGGAAGGGCUCCUGUCCCUGUAAAGGAGCCCCACCCAACAGUGAGGAAAUAAUGAGAGAUGUAACUCUUCACCGGCUUGGGAGGUAUCCAUGAUCUCUUUUAGCUUGGGUAAAGAAGGUUCAUUAGAGACAGAAGGAAAAUUAAAAGAUAAGAUAUGAAGAAUGUCUCAGACAUUGAUAAAUUCUCCAAAAAUUGGCUGAAAUGAAAUUCUCAACGUGGACACGUUUUUCAAUGCAUCUCAAGAUCCCCUGAUAUGAAUGGUGUUUUUGUGGGCAGUAUGACCAGAAUUUACUGAAGGUGAUACAGAAGAAAUAACAGCCUUUUAAAAAGCACCAGGAAGGUUGCUGUCAAUCAGAAGUGUCUAACACCAAGAAUUCUCUUCUGCCAAAGGACAUUUUCUGGAGAGAGGACAGAAAAAUUGAAGGGACAUGAGGUCCUGGAAGGUUGUUUUGACCUUGAGCCUUAUUUUUUACACCACUAUAGCUCGGGAAGGCCCACUUUUGAAAAACCUCAACUGUUCCACUGACUACGAAUCAUUCACCGCCUGCACUUGGGUUGAACACCAGGAGGCAAAGGAUCUUCUCAACAUGACCCUUCUCCACAAAAAUGACUACUUGAACCUCACAAAGCUGGCAUGCACUUCCCAAAAAGUAGGUUCUUUGAUACGCUGGGACUGCUGCAGAAACCAAACCAUUUUCAAUAUCAAAGUGAAAAAUACCUUCAUUUUCAAACCAGAACAAAAACUGGAAGUUCAGAAGAAUAUCAGCCUCUUUGCUGAUGUCCAACCUCCUCCACCCCAGAAACUAAGCAUAAAUGUCACCGAAGAAGGUGACUUCCUAUUGGCAUGGGAAGCAGGUGAUGGAACAAACAGAAGCCUUUGGCUAGAGGGAGUAUUGGACUUUGAAGUUGCCUACAAACGAAUUUGGGAGACUUGGAAGGAAUCUUCCAGUUUCUGGGUCUCAAAUGCCUCCCACAUCCUCCUCCAACAUGAUAGACUUGUGCCUGGGAACACUUACGUAGCUUGUGUUCGAAGCAAACCAAGUCAAGCCAGUCACCUUUCUGGACGUGUCAGUGAUUGGAGCCCUGUAGUAACCUGGAAUACACAGUCAGGUGAAAUUGAAGCUCAGCCGAAAAACCUUCACUGUCGAUUUAAUGGCAUUGAUAGGCUAAAAUGCAGCUGGGAGGUGAGGAAAGAGGUCACCAGUUCUGUUUUGUUUGCCCUCUUCUACAAAGACAAUCCAGAAUCAAAAGAAGAAGAAGAAUGCUUCCCAGUCCAUGAAAAGAAAAUCUCUCUCUCCCAUCUGGGCAGCAGCCCUGAACACGUGUUGCAAAGCUGUGAGAUCAAUGUCACCAACCCCCAAAGACAAAGCCAGUACCUGGUAACUGUACGACCAAAACAGGAGGAAAAAGUGGUGGAAGCAGCAAAGCAAAUCAAGGUGAAUCCACCUUAUAAACUGUCUGCGACAACGCUAAACAGCCAGGCAUACAAAUUGGAGUGGCAGGCCAAAAAGACCCUACAUAUCCCACAGAUGUAUCAAAUCUCAUAUUGGAAGUCUGGAAGCCCUUUGGAGGCCAAAUAUGUCAACGUUAGCAAGGGGGACCAAUGGUUCAUCUUCACCACAAACGUUUUAGAACUGGGCACAAGUUACACAGCAAGGGUGCGGGCAAAAGUGCAUGGAAGUUAUGAGGGCCCAUGGAGUGAGUGGUCUAUGGAAUUUCACUGGACAACAGACAAAAGUUUUCUAUCCUGGGUUAUUCCACUGAUAGCAGUGAUCUCUAUCAUUCUGAUGAUGGUGGGCAUGUACUGUGGCCAUGAAUACCUUCAGAGGAAGAAAAAGGAAUGGGAAGCAAGGAUCCCAACUCCUCCUAAAACAUUUUUGCUUCCAAACUUUUUUCAGAAAGUAGAAUUGCUGGAUGGCUCAGAGGGUGACAGCAACAGCAGCAUUUUAGAGUUGGAAGGGACUGGUUAUACAAAGAUCUUGAACAGAGAAUCGCUGGCAACUCAUUCAGCGUCUCUUCAAGAUGAAUUGGGGGAAACAGAACAGUUUUCAAUCUCCUCUCAGAAGGGGGACAAAGAAAUCCCAAGCGCUGGCAAAGUGGGCCAAUUUUUGGCACAAACUAUUACAGAUAAUAGACCAGCCAGCAGUCCUAAAGCUCAGAUCUUUGGUUCUGAUGGGCCAAACUUCUCUUCUCAACCAGAAUCUUUUCCAUCUGAUAUUUGUCAGGAUAGAGAAGCUGCCUCUUCUCAACGGAAGGGGAUAUCAAUGUGGCUGGAAAAUGUGGGACUGCCUCAUUGCUUGGAGUCUCAGCAGCCACCAGUGGAGAAAGAGAAAGGGAUGCCUUCCUCAUUUUCUACCAUUCAUGAGUAUGAGGAAGAGAAGCAAUUACCUUCUGCAAGGCAAAAAGGAUCUCAAAGCAGCAAGUUGGAGAAAGAAGGAAACAAUGGCCGGGAAGUACAACAUGUUGCUGGCACAAAUAGCCCUUGUCAGAAUGGAUGUUUGAACUACAUUGCUAUUGAACACCUAUCAAUGAGCAGCGAUAUGGAUUAUUUACUUCCGGUACCUGCAGUGGCUUCAGAGGAAAGAAGAUCUACCUGUGACAGUAUGGCGACUGGUACACCCGAAACAAUAGAAGAUCUUUCAAGUCUGGAGAUGCCUGAGAAGAAACCUGAAACUGUACUCAUGGCUCACAGUCAAUCCCUGGCUGUUCUUUCAGCAGCCUCCCACCAAAUAUUUGAUGACUAUGUUACAGGCCUCCCUGCUCCCCCUGGGCUUUCAUCAAAGGAAGGGCUUCCUUUCUCCAUAGAUGAGCCUAAGCAUGACAAGGACUUCCUGAUCUUCCACCCAGACAACCAUAGCCCAAUUUUCUUAAGCCAGGUGGGGGACUACUGUUUCUUUCCUGGCUCCAAGCCAAUCAAGGAAGCUUGUAAGAGUCGAGCGGGAACGGUGGGAUGUCAGCUUUCAGAAGCCAAUCAAAAAGGUGAAAAAUUUCCUAGUGAGGACUGGAGCAUGCUACAGAGCCCCCAUCACUCUUGCUAAGAUCUGAGGUCUAAACUCCACCCCACCUUCCACCCCUGGCAUGUUAAGGGAGAUAAACAUGCUCCCUAGCUCUGCUGCUGCUCAUCAUCAUCAUCAUAGAAUUACAGAGCUGGAUCAUUGAGUCCAGCCCUUGUCAAGGAGGCACAGUGGGGAAUCAAGCUCUCACGUUAGGGCUCUGCAGCCAGAGACUGAAACCACUGAGCUAUCCAGCAGUUCAGUUCAGCAUCAGUCAGCUCAGCAGGAGUGACUGAGAAAUCUUUGCCCUUGGCUGAGCAAUAAUAAGCAACAGAGGAUGGGAGCUGGUUAAUCUUUCUCUGUGUGUGUUUUUGAGAGAGAGAAAGUAUGGUAUGGUUGGGGUGUGUGUAUUUGCAUGGAUGGUGUGUGAGACAGUAGAAUCACCCUGGAGAACUAUAAUCUCAAGUUCUUGUCCAAUUUAUUUUAUGUGCCAUCAGAUCACUUCCAGUGUGUAGCAGCUUGGUGAAUUAAUCAAUUCCCAUAGUCUGUCAGUAACAGUCUUGCUUGGGUCUUACAAACCCAAAGCUAUGUCUUCUUUCAUGGAGUCAAUCUAUCUCAUCUUAGUUCUACUUCUUUUCCUGAUGCUUUUACCUUUACCCAGCAUUUUUGUUUUUUCCAGUGAGUUUUGGCUUGUCCCGAUGAGUCCAAAGUACAAUGGCCUCAGUUUAGCCAUUUCGGCUGCCAGUGAGAGUUCAGGCUUUGGCAUUACUGAACUUUAACUGUCUGCCUUCCUCUGGAUACAGUAUUUUUUUUGUUGUUGUUUCUUAUUUUUUAGAACAGGGGCACGCAAGUUCCAGGGAUUGGAGGUGCCUGUGGCGUUCACCCUUAUUAUGCUGAAUAGGUUAUGCAUUAUUCUAUGCUGAUGUGGUUGAGAGGUGGGGCCAC